GUUCAUUAAUGAUUUCAUUUCAGACUAAUGUUGACCUGAUUCCAGAUGGUGAAGAACUUAAAAGACAGCAUUGAUGGCAGGAGCUAGCAUUCAAGACAGGCCUCCCACAGAGAAAGAACUGGUGGAAGUCAGCAAACAUAUCGGGGCCGGUUUCGAGCUUUUGGGAGCGUACCUAGGCAUCAACAGCAUAAAGAUCCAACAAAUUGUGAUGAACAAUAGCUUCAGUGUAGAGACACAGAUUUUUAAAAUACUUGUCGCCUGGAAACAGAAGGAGGGACGUCAAGCCACAGUGAGAAAACUCCUGGAGGCCGUAAAAAACAGCCCGGGGAACAUUAAUGUAGGGGAGAUAGAGAGGAUUUUUGACACGUGAUGUUUGACAUGUGAUAUUUGACUCGUGAUAUUUGACACAUGAUAUUUGACAUGUGAUAUGUGACUGUGUGAUUUAGUAAAUCAGAAUCACAUCUCCCUCCCAAGCCCUUACUAACUACAGACAGGACCUGGAGGGUUAGAAUCACAUCAGAAUCAAUCUGAUUAUUAUCCAGUUUAUUUGGUAAGGCUUAUAUUAAAAGAUAAUAGUACUGAGAUGACAGAAACAGACUAAACAAAUUUUAAUUUAAGGUCAAAAUUUAAGUGAACAGUGUUUCUGUAAUAUUUAUACUUUUUAUAACUUCUCAGUUUGAUUAUAUUGAAUUCUGAAGCUACCAUACUCAAUGGGUGCAGAAAAUAAUGAUAAUAGUUUGUUUCAUAUUUGAAUGUGUUUAUAAACCCAAGACUUAUUUCUCCUCUAAACCAUUAUUUCUCUAUUAAACACUUUGAUCUCUGAUAUAUGCAUAAGUCACUGAAGUGUAGAAUUUUUCAGUAGUUACUAUGCUGUAUGAAUGUAAUCCAGUGUUUUUUCAUGAC